CUAAAAAGUAAAAAUAAAUUAAAAAAGAAAAUGGAACCUAAACUAGACUUUGGCAAGGUAUCGUCCAGGCUUUAUGGAAACUAUUCACACUUGGCCAAAACUCUUAAGGAACGCUGUGUGGUCAAGACUGUAAUGAAGCCGCCUGCGUUCUUUGAUAGCCUGCAACGAAUGAUGGACGAGGAGGCAAAGUUUGUAACGCCAUCCAAGGACCUCGGCUCCGUACCAGAUUACGUGGAGCUUUUCAAGACCCUGGACGAGUAUCCAGCCAAUCUGCAGAAGAUACAGCCGAAAAAGCGCGAAUUACAGCGGGCCAACUCCACGCUCCUGAGGAGUGUGGAUACUCUUGCUGAUCAGUCGGCGGCUCUGAACUCGUCCAACAUUUCAUUGAGUAUGACCCGCUUGGAAGAACAGCGCAGUGCCGUCGAAGUCUACAGCGAUUUCAAGGCAUUCCAGAGAAAGCUAGCCAAGAUCUACGACGAGGCCGCCGCUCUGGACAAAACAGAAAGCAUCUACAAGGAUAAGCUGGCACAGCUUCAUGGGUUUGCUCAGCAACUGGAGAAACUUUUGCCGACAAGCGCUGACUCUCUUCCUGACGCAUUUAGUCCAGCCGACCAGGAGAAGCUAUUGGCCAUCGCCGAGAAUAUGGAGCAAUUGAACUACAUGCGAUCCCAUAGCCUUCAGCUACCCAAUGCUAGUGAGAUCGCAGCUACUGGAAGUUUGGCCGCCCGCCUGGAGAUGUUUGUCGAAGUGCUCACCUACACCCUAAUGCAGAUCAGCAGCUACAACUUGGUUAUGAUUUAAAUUUUGAUUUUUUUU